CUAUUGCCCAUUCCCAAAUUUCAUCACCAUUGAAGUUGAAGACCUAAAACCCACCAGCAAAUAAUAGCCAAACCUCACCGCACAACAAAGCUUCUUUAAUCUUUACAGAAAAAAGCCAUGUCCACCACCAAGUCCAACACCAACCUCCACAUCGUUGCUUAUCCUUACCCAACCGCAGGCCACAUCAUCCCCCUCCUAGACCUCACCCACCUGUUACUCACCCGCGGCCUAAACGUCACCGUUCUGGUCACCCCCAACAACGUCCAUUUACUUGAACCAUACCUCUCCACCCACCCAUCUUCUCUCAAACACUUGGUUCUCCCGGCCCCAGAUAUCACUCCACCUCCACAUAAGAGACUCAUCGCUAACGUGCGCGCCUUGCGUGACCUUCACUAUCCAAUCAUACUCCAAUGGUUCCAGUCUCAACCUUCACCGCCUGUGGCUAUCAUAUCUGAUUUUUUCCUCGGCUGGACCCACUACCUUGCCUGUGAGCUUAAAGUGCCACGUCUCUGCUUCUCACCCUCCGGAGCUUUUGGGAUGUCUGUAGCUUUUUCUAUGAGCCGUGACCCACCCAAAAACAAUGAUCCCGGUGAGGAUAUCAAUUUCCUAAUUUCAUUACCUGAGGUCCCGAAUUCCCCGACGUACCCUUGGUGGCAGAUCCCUCUACAUUAUAGAAACGAUCUCGAAGCUGACCCAGAUUGGGAAUUUCACAGAAACAGCAUGCUGGCCAAUUUCGAGAGUUGGGGAAUUGUGUUUAACUCGUUCGCCAGUUUGGAGAGUGUGUACUUUGAUCAUUUGAAGAGAGAGGUUGGGCACAAUCGAGUGUGGGCGGUAGGACCUGUAUUGCCAUUUGAAGGUGAUUUGAUUGGAUCGGCUACUAGAGGUGGGGCCAGCUCUGUGCCAUGUCACGAGCUUAUGACGUGGCUGGAUGCUCGUGUUGAUAACUCUGUUGUUUAUGUGUGCUUUGGAAGUCGUACUGUGUUAACAAGUAAACAAUUAAAUGUUCUUACAACAGCGUUGGAGUGUAGUGGGAUUUAUUUUAUUUUGUGUGCGAGGGUGCCUGAUGAUCAAGGUUCGACUCUCGAUGGGCUCAGAGAUCGCGUUGGCAAUAGGGGAUUAGUGAUCAAGGGGUGGGCCCCACAGGUGGCUAUACUAAGGCAUCGAGCUGUAGGUUCAUUCUUGACUCAUUGUGGGUGGAACUCAGUGUUGGAAGGACUUAUCUCAGGAGUUGUGAUGUUGACAUGGCCAAUGGGUGCAGACCAGUUUACGAAUGCCAUGUUGUUGGUCGACCAAUUAGGCGUGGCAAUUAGAGCUGGCGAGGGCACUGAAAAUAUUCCUGACUCUAAUGAGUUGGCUCGAUUAUUGGUAGUCUCACUCGACAAAAUUAAACCCCAGAAUGUUCGAGCCAAAGAGUUGAGUGAUGCGGCCUUGAGCGCGGUCAAGGGAGGAAGCUCCGACAAAGAUUUGGAUGUACUGAUCAAACAAUUAGCUGACAUCAAAAAUUAGAGUGAAUAUAAAUUAUGUAAUCAUAGUAGCAUUUUUUUAUGGUUUUACUCAUUGACACAUAUCUAUACAAGAUUUUUGCCUUUGGGUUGCAUUAAUGAUUAAGAU